AAACAUCAUGUUGCUGUAGAUACUUUUCUAAAAUGCAUUUCCUCAAUAAUAUUAAAAUGGAAAAUGAUCAAGUUGUUUCGCGAACUGGACCGAUUAAUUUUAAUAACUAUUUUUCUUCAACUUAUAACGGUUACAUACGAACGUCGAGUGUAUAUUACGAUAAUUUACCUUAUAACGAUUUCAAUCAAGAUUUUCAAUAUCCCGAGUCCGUUAAUUUUCCGAUUGGACUGAAUGGACACGGCAAAAGUGAAAAUGUGUACGGUUUAAACGAUUUUGAUGUUAGCUUUGCGAUCGCAUCUGAAACAGUUACAGCAGUGAGAGCAACCCCUUCGCCUCCGACGAACUUUAUGAGUUAUUGUUUUCCAAGAGAUAAUCAACAUUACCAACCACGGUGUUGGAAUUCUUCCGCUCAAAGGGGAAGUUGUUCUACGGAUUACGCAGUAAAAAAUGGAAAGUGUUACGAAGACGACGGUACGGAACAAAGCGAUUGUAAGAGGUACAUCGAAGCCACAACUCCAAAGGGAUUUACAGAUUGUAACCAUCAGGGAGCUACCAAACCCCGAAAAGAAAGAACGGCAUUCACUAAAACUCAAAUAAAAGAGUUGGAAGCGGAAUUUAUUAAUUCAAACUAUUUGACAAGAUUACGACGAUAUGAAAUAGCGGUUGCCCUAGAUCUGUCCGAGAGACAAGUGAAAGUUUGGUUUCAAAAUAGGAGAAUGAAAUGGAAGAGAACGAAGGGGGCAGCUAUACGAACGAAACAAUUGAAAAAACAGAAAACUGUCGAAAACUAUUGAUCAUUUACAAUAAAGUUGUGACCGAAUUUUCUUGUACUAUAUACCAUUUUAGUUUAUAUGCAUUCAUUAUUGUUACAUUUUCUAAUAAAUUUACUGGAAGUAG